AUGGCUUGGGAGGAACUACUGAGUACUGAAGAAGUUUAUAUUGAAAUUUUACAAAAUGUUUAUAAUAUGAUUAACAUAAGCAAAGAUACUGAUUACAACAGAACAGUCAGUGUGACACAAUUAUCUUAUACAAUGCUGAAUGAAAAAUUACUCGGCAAUUGGUUUGAACUUCUCUCUUUCCAUAAAAAACGCCUUCUACCAUCGUUAGCAAUGUGUAAUGGGAAUGCUAAGAUGAUCAAAUACUGGGCUUCUGUAGUGGCUCCAUAUUUAAUAGAUUUGUAUACAACAUAUUGUUCAUUAUACGCAAAAGCUAGUCAACUUUGUGCUUAUUUGGACAGAAUUUCAUGCAAACAAAUCAGCUUACUGCAUGGUGAUAAAGAAACGCAUGAAAUGGCUAAAGGAUAUCAGAAUUCUACAAAAUUAUUUAAAUGUCAUUUGAGUACACCAGUUCGACGUAUUCAAUGUUACCACUUACUAUUUGAAAGACUUAAAACAGAGGCGCAUAUUUCUGAUAUUAAAUACUUGGAUGAUGUCCGGAAAAUAUUCAACAAAAUCUGUGCAACACUGGAUGUGACAAUGAAUCUUCGGGGUUUAAAUGUCAGACCGUCUAAACUGGGAUAUUUCUUACUGGAAGGUGAUUUUGCCAUUACUCAAUCAGUUGAAUCUAUAAAAUCGAAAAAGCACUCACAUGUUAUCCUUUUCAGUAAGAUGCUACUGAUUACAAAACCGUAUUCCUCUUCCUCACCAUCAUCAUCAUCGUCAACACCAUCACUAAAAACGUAUUUAUCAGAAAGAAAAAGCUCAAUAGAUUUGGAUUAUGUUCUAAAUCAAAUAAUAACAAGAAUGUUGACAAAAAUAACCAAAGUAAUGAGAGCCGAAGGUUUACCCUAUUCACUGAGAAUUAUUCCUCUGUAUACACCUUCAAGUCAGUCAAUAGUUCAGUCAAGCAAAUAUGGACAAACACGCUCAGUCAAUUGUUUAUCAAUCAAUUAUACGCAUACAGAAAGAGAUUAUAUUUGA